AUGACUGGAGGCACAGCCCAUCUCCUGACGACUUUCUUCGUGGCAGCGGCAGCAAUGGGCUACCAGUCACGGCGUUCUGCCUCUGACCUGGAUGCCACCCCCAGGACAACAGUCACAUUUGAAGAGCUGUCAGGUAUCCGGCGCUUCAGCACACACACCCUCAACUACAGCACCCUGCUGCUGGAGGACGACCGGGGCAUUCUCUACGUGGGCGCCAGGGGAGCCAUCUUCGCCCUCAACUCCAGUGACGUGGCCGACGGCUCCCACCGCACGAUCCACUGGGAAGCUUCCCCACAGAAGCAGAUGGACUGCCUGCAGAAGGGCAAAAACAACAAGACUGAGUGCUUCAACCACGUGCGGUUUCUGCAGAGGCUGAACAGCACCCACCUUUACGCCUGCGGGACCUACGCCUUCCAUCCGCUCUGCGCUGCCAUUGAUGCCAGCAGGUUCACAUUGCCAUCCCACUUUGAGGAAGGCAAGGAGAAGUGCCCGUAUGACCCUGCUCGUGGCUACACCGGCCUCAUCGUGGACGGUGGCUUGUACACAGCCACACGCUACGAGUUUCGGAGUCUCCCCGACAUCCGGAGGAACCUGCACCAGCGGCCACUGAAGACGGAGGAGUCCCCACUGCACUGGCUGAAUGAUGCUGAGUUUGUGGCCUCCAUGCUGGUCCAGGAGAGCAAGGACAACCCCGUGGGUGACGAUGAUAAAAUCUACUACUUCUUCAUGGAGCGGGCGGGUGAGGAGACCACAUCCUUCUUCGACAAGAACCAGGCGGCCCGAGUGGCCGGGGUGGCCCGUGUCUGCAAGAGCGAUGUAGGGGGAAAGAAGAUCCUGCAGCGCAAAUGGACGUCCUUCAUGAAGGCACGCCUGGUCUGCUACAUCCCCUACUACGAGGUGCUGCGCAGUGUCUGCAGCCUGGACGGGGGUGGCUGGGACAGCACUGUCUUCUAUGCCGCAUUCACCCUCUCAGCACAGUGGAGGACCAUGGAGGCCUCGGCUGUGUGCCGCUACAGCAUCUCAGCAGUGCAGCGCGCCUUCGAGGGCCCCUACAUGGAGUACCAGGACUCAGCUCGCAAGUGGUCCCGUUAUGAUGGUGCGGUGCCCGAGCCUCGCCCUGGGCAGUGCAUCACCGACCGCUCCCGCAGGAAGGGCUACAACUCCUCGCAGGACCUGCCCAACAGUGUCCUGGACUUCGUCAAGCUGCACCCGCUUAUGUUUGAGGAGGUGAAGCCGUUUUUUUUGAAGAAGAGCGUGGUGUACAGCCAGCUGACCGUGGACAGGGUGCAGGCCCUCGACGGCCGCUCCUACGAUGUGCUUUUUAUGGGGACGGGAGAUGGCUGGAUCCAUAAGGCCGUGGUGGUGGGCUCCAGCAUCCACAUCGUGGAGGAGGUGCAGGUGUUCAAGGAUGUGCAGCCCGUGGAGAGCCUGGUGAUCUCACACGCCAAGAGGAGCCUGUAUGUGGGGGCAGCCAGUGGGGUCCUGCAGGUGCCCCUGGCCUCCUGCGCCAGCUACGCAUCCUGCUACGACUGUGUCCUCGCCCGGGACCCUUACUGCGCCUGGGACGGCCCCCCCCCGCCCCCCCGCCACCACAGACAGCCCCCCACGUCUUGCAGCACAGGGCUGGUGCAGGACAUCCAGAGCGGCAACGAGGGAUGCCGGAGCAGCUCCGGACGGGUGGAUGGUGACAUGAAAGUGGCUUACAUCUCGGCCAUCAUCGCCUUGGUGGUGCUGUGCGCCGUGCUCAGUGCCAUCCUCCUCUACGUGUUCUGCCUGGAGAAGCGCAAGGGCAAGUACGUCCUGGGGGAGCCGCGACCAAACAGCGUGGAGCUGCAGACCGUCUCGGCCAUGGAGGAGGAGGAGCAAGAGGAAGAGCUCACCUCCCCUGAUGGCUGCCUGCGGAUCAUCCCUGGCGAGGCGCCCACGGCUGCCACCUCUCCGGUCAAGGAGCUGCCAAAUGUUGUGCCCCCAUUGCCACCACCGCCGCCACUGCCGGCCGAGCUCACUAAUGGCGUGGGGGCUCUGCCCAACGUCCUCCGCAAGAUGAAUGGCAACAGCUACAUGCUGCUGCCGCAGCAGGAGGAGGCCCUGGGCCCGCUGGCCUCGCCGCUCUACAGCGCGUCCUUCACUGAGGAGCUCAGCAAGAUCCUGGAGAAGCGGAAACACACGCAGCUGGUGGAGAAGCUGGACGAGAGCUCCGUGUAG